GUCCACCGCAAUGAAGGAGGGGAGUGGGGGGCGGGGAGGAGGGCUGGGGAGGUUGCGGGGGGAGGGGGGCCCCGCCUGGCAGGAAAUUAAACAUCAAUCAAUCAAUCGCUGUGAGCAAGGCGACCCAACCAGCCGGGCUGCGGAGGAGGCACAGGGAUAGGCGAGGGGGUGGGAGACAGGGAGAAAGGAGGAAGGGGAGAGUCGGAGGUGGGAGCGGGGUGGCAAGGACCUCAUGCACCGGGCGACGAAGGACGGAUGGCUGAGGACUGAGUGUGGCGCGAGGCGGUGGCCACGGCCGACGAAUGGGUGCGUCUAAGCGCUGACGAACGCCAGGGCCCAGGGUCUGGUCCUCCUCCUUGUAGCAAGUCCAGGGCGCAGCCGCCUCGCCCAGCCCCUAGGCGCACUCGUCCCGGCGCGCAGGCUGCGGCGACAAGGCGGGCGCUCCGUGCCGCGGCUCGCCGCAGAGGCGCAGAUUGGCGCUCGGGAGGCGGCAGAGGCUGCCUCCUCUCCGGGCUCUGUUAAUUGCGCCGCCGAGUACUUUCGACUUUGGAGAUAGGAGGGCGAUCGCCUCCCCCACCCACCGCCUCCGCCCACCACCCACCGCCUCCGCCCCUCGGAGCAACUUUUCUCGGUGUGAGCGAGCUCCCCUUCUGCUCCGAGCCGACCGUCCGGGCCCGAUGCGCUCCCGGCCGUGUUUGGAGAAGGCCACUUCUCCCUCAAAUCCAGUGCGGCCGCGGGUCCGGAACAAUAGCCCGGGUGUCCCGAACGCCUGGAGCGAGACUCCGCCCGUCCGGCUGUGGGUCCGGCACUGGAAAAAGGGUUGCUCCGUGGGCACAAGGCAGGAUGCAUCCCUGCCACUCUCGCCACGCGGGCGACGUUGCGAGCGGCGCAGCCGGGGCUGCCCGGAGGCCAGAACGCUGAGCCUGCCGAGGCGCUGGGGCUGCGCGUCCUCGGGUUGCAGCACUGGGGCUCCCGAAGACCCUCAGCGGCUGAGGACCGAGUUCGGCGCGAGCAGAGCUGAGCGGUGGGGACCUAGCCUCUCUGCCCCAAGCGAGGCCGCGCCGAGGAGUCCCUAACUCGUCCUUCUAUGGCUUAGGAGCCACAAACUUUUGCGGACUCCCGCGGCCCUAGCCUUUCGGCUCGCGCCGUGUUGCUUGUUUAAGGUGGCGCGGUUACUGCCCGCCCAGACCCGGCUGCGGGCCGCGCUUUUGUCUUGGCCAUUCGGCAUGGGCGCGGACCUCCUUAAAAAAAAAAAAAAGCACGUGGGCAGGGGCCGCAGCCCCGGCGAGGUGCCUGCCGCGUCCGGCAUCUGUCAGCCGCUGGAACCUCAGAGGAGAAAAUAGGAACCAGUCCUCUCCGGCCUUCCGGUCAGAGAAGCCCCUUGAGCCGGCGGCACCUCCUGUCCCUUCUGUGCACCGGGGCUUUCCCUCCAGUUCCCCAGGACCCCAAGGACUCGGCUUCCACCGGUUGCCAGAGCCACUAGUCCCCCUUAAGAAGCAUUGACUGUACGGCGGCGCCAGAGGGCCAAACUAAAUUCGGUUUCGGGAAACGCGCUCGAGGCAAUUCUAAACCCUGGCCUUGAGCUGGGCCAGUGGUGGUUGAAUAUGCGAAUAGCGCUGGAGACUAGACUGCUGUCCACUUGCUUGGUAACCUACCCCUCGACCCCCAACACCCCAAGAGUCGCAAGCCCACGGCCAGGGAGGCCUGAGGGCUUCUGAAAGAACGAGGGUCCCCGAAACAAAACCUGUCCCUGGCCUAGAUCUCGGUGCCCAGACCUCGGUGAGUCCCACUCAAAGGAGCCGCCCACCAACUUCACUCGAAGCCCCAGGCGACAGGGGAAUAGAGCCAAGCAGAGGCUGGCAGGGUAGUCAUUCUCCCGGGAGCCACCGCAGUUUUAGGAAGCCUUUUUCUUUUCCCUGUUUUUUUCCUUCCCCAAAUUCCGUGCUCCCACAAACAUGCCCAGCCAAAGGGGCUAGAGAAAAUGCCAACCCGGUGAAAGCAAAAGUGGCUCAAGUAAAUCAACCCUUGAAGGUAGCUGAAAGGUUUUUUGUUUGUUUGUUUUUUUCGGUUUGUUUGGUUGGUUGGGUUUUUUUGAAGCAAUAAAAGAAAGAAACUGUAAGUUUGAUUGACAAACUUUAAAAAAGAACAAUGUUAUAGCAUAUCGAAAUGAGAAGGGGUGUUUCAAAAACUUAGCUAUCACUGUCAAACUUAGCCCGUUUUUAAAAUGGGAAAUGCAUAUAUUUUAUUUGUAUAUUAACGGUAAUAACCCCCCUCCCGUCCCAUUUCCUUUCUUACCUUGGUGUUGGAACUACAGAAUCCACCUCCGGCCCAAUGUCCACGAACUAAGAAGAAUUGAUGAUAUUAGGACUUCAGGACUUCUGGAAAAAAAAUGCAAAUCGUUUAGUGGGGAUCUUUUUUGUCUGAUUCGUCACUAUUAUUAUAUCUGAUGAUGCGAUAGUUGGAACGAUUCUAUCCUGUCAUUAAUGAGCUAUUUUAUAAAAAUCACUGUCGGAAAAUCGUCGUUUGCGUUUUUUGCUAAGGAUCACUUCGCUAUCCUCACUGGCUUGUGUCAACUAUAAUUAUGAACUUCAGCUACACUCUUAUAACCAACAUGGCAGUAUUGUUUAAUCAGUUAAUAUUUUAUAAAGUGUACAUAUUUUAUUAUGCUUUGAAGGGAACUAUUGAUUCUAAAUGAUUUAAAAAAAACAGAAAGUCUAUUUAAAUAAAGUAUACAAUUAAGUUCAAUUAAAUGUGCAUUGUGGCUAGAUUCUACACCCCUUCAAAUUCAUUAUUACUUUUGUCUAUUUUUUAUCAUGAAAAUACCAUUUAGAACAAAAAAUCUAAAUUAUUUAAAAUUACAUUUUAAAAAUUAAACAAAUUACAUUUAUUAUACACGAAAAUGUGUAAUUCGAUGUCAUUAUCAAAACUGUACUUUGAAUGUUGGCAGAUUUAUUUUUAGUAGAGCAUUUUCAAAUUUCUCUCAAUUCGCAAAAGGAGAAUUCUAAAAAGUUUUGCCACACAUACCCAGUGUGAAUUUUUCCCUGUAGUUUUGACCGGAUAAAGGCCUUUUCUGUUCAAGUUACAUGUUUUUCCCAAUCCAGUUUUGUUAACUUCAUUUCAACUAAAGCAAAUAAUUUCAAACACUUCUAAUUACUACAGUAAGUUAUAUUUUAAAUAAUACUUUUAAAACGUUUGUCAUUUUCAUUUUUAAAAACAGUGAAUAAAUAUAUUGAUGAUUCAAAAAA